AUGCCAAAAGACGAAAGUUGUCUUCAUGUAAGGGAUCCACAGCUUGCUAGGAGCACGGCGUCUGGAGCACCUCAUAGCUAUCCUUUCAAGCCGUCGCUCGCACCUUCAGCACCUUUCGAAUUAAGCAGAGUACCGUAUGGAACUUUCAGAGAUGCCGCAUUCGUGGAUCUGUUUCACGUGGAUACCGGCUUCAUUUGUAGCUUACUUAAGUAUCGCCACAAGACAGUACCAGCAGUCCAAGAUAUGCAACUCGAAGACAUGAUAAUCUUGAUAUGGCACUGUCAGACCAACAAGAAUUGGAAAGCUGCAGCGCAGUUGCCAAAGGCCCCUCCCGAACGAAUUAUACAGGAUCUGGGCAACGCGGUGACGCUGGUGUAUUGGACACCGGUCGGACGGAAAAUGUCCGCAGAGCUCCAAAGGGGUCGGGCCUUCCGUCAAUGUUCAUAG